CCAAAAAAUUGGAACAAAAGAUGGCUUUUGUUCAGGAUGAAUGGCUAAGCCUUAGGGAUCAAUAUGAUAGGGUAUUAAAGGAAAAUGAGGCUUUACGUGAACAGAGGGCAUUUCCUGAAAAAUUGGAAGAAUUGGGGCGCUACAGAAAUCAAGUUCUCGAAAUGUCCAAAUGUAUAACAGCACUUCGCCAAUCUGCAGCAGAAAAAGACAGAAGGCAAGAAAUGUUGAUAAUCAAACUUAAAAGACUGCGAAUGAGAGCUUCUGGCCAACAAGAAAGUGACCGGCAAAGUUGCGCUGCUGGUUCUGAGGGUUCAGUAGAGGAUAGUGGAUCGCUUGGAUUAGAUACUAUAGCCGAGGAUUUAGACGAAGAUAUAGACAAUGCUAAUCACUUGGAAGAAUCUACCAACCAUUUUAGGGAAGAAUUAGAUUCUUUUAGAAAAAGAGAGAGACUUUUACAACAACAAUUAGCUAAUGUUCAAUCACAGAAUGAAUUAUUAGAAUUUCAAUUAGUUGAAUUAACUGAAGGAAGACAACAAUUAGAAAAUGGGGAGGUUACUAAUAUGGGCAAUAGAAAGGUACACAUAAAAAGGGGCAAUAAAAGGACAAUAUUGUAG